AUGACGCCGAUAGCAAAUGUUUUUCCUAGCAACAAUCGUGUGGCUGAAGGCUUACUCGAUGGCCACCUGUACAAAUUUGGUUUUCUUUUCCAUCAGAGGCAGCUUCUUGACGGCGACGAUGAGCACGCCCUUCAAGCAGUGCAGCCCGCGGCGCGGCACCCCGGCAGCCGAAACUUGCGCACUAACGACCACAGGGACGCGCGGUGCUGCAGCCACGUCUCUCGCUCACCUCUCACCUCUCGUCCCUCUCCCACCAACCCUCCCUCUCUCCCUCCCCGAUCCAGAUCGCCGCCGCCUCCCCCUCUCUCUCUCCCCGAUCCAGAUCGGCCGCCUCUCCUCCCUUCCUUCUGCCGCUUCCCUAUCUCUCUUCCCGUCGCCGGCGGCGGCGCCCUCCUUCCCUCACGCUGCACCCAAACCUCCCUCCCGCUCCCAGCUUUUCUUCCUCCUCCGCCGCCUCUAGGGUUUCUCUCCCCGAUCCCCAAUCCCCUAGCGCUCCACUCCUUCCUUGCCGCCGCCACCUCCGGUGCCCGAUCCUGGCGACCUCAGGCGGGAAUCGAAGACCCCUGUCCGGCGAGAUCCGGCGCGCGCCCGAGCCCGAGCGAUGAGGUGGUCCAGAUCGUGCACGGGGACGCAGCGGGGGACCCGACGGUGGUCACCGUCAGCUGCCCGGACAAGACCGGCCUGGGCUGCGACCUCUGCCGCCUCGUCGUCCUCUUCGGCCUCAACGUCCACAAGGGCGACAUGAGCACCGACGGCCGCUGGUGCUACAUCGUGCUCGGGGUCGCCGCCUCGCGCCGGGGCCGGGCCGUGGACUGGGACGUCCUCAAGGAGCGGCUGGUGGAGCUUCGUCCGCACCGCGCUGGAGCAGACCCGCCUCCGCACCGCCCUCACGCCCCACCCCUCGCAGAAGAUGAUUUUGUCCUGUGUCAUGCUUCCAGGAAAAGUUCAGGCUCAUACGAGCCAACGACGAUGCGACUGUUUUGGAUGCUCUCUCCUUCAGCGCUCGUAAAAUUAGACUGCUUCGCAGCUUGACGGUUGAGAAGAAAAACUAUGUUCAGGAGCCCUCUUUGGUCGACAUGCAUGAGGAGGAGGAAAUUGUCUCCCCACACAAGGUUGAUCCCUCUCGACUUUACUGUGAGGUUUUUUCUAUCACUGCUAUGUUGUAGCCUAGUUUCUGUUGUGGCCCUUAAACCAAGCUCAUAUCAUAUUUGCACCUGUAUGAUGUGUGUGUGCUUGAUGCUCACGUACUAAGUAAGGUUGGUGGUUGUUUUGCGACUGAAUCGUGUUUCAGUUUGAUACCACUAUGCUUUCUCUUGUCCAAUUCGUCCCUGACUAGUAUAGUUAGUACUAUUGCAGCAGGUUGAUUGAUUGAGGGAAAACUCUUGCCUCUGCUUAACAUAUCUAAAAUCUAGUCAAAUUCCUCAACAACAUAUUUGUUUUUUACAACAACAAUGCAUUCAAAAAUCUGACCUAUCUAUAUACACACUUUGUGGAAGAAAUAGGAUAUAUAU